UUGGGGUGGGCCUGAGAGGAUACAGAACUGGGAGGGCAUGGGGUGCAAGGGGAGACCUUUGGGACACUGUGCAUGUGGGGACUUGGGCUCUGUGGGGCACAGCAGGGACAUUGGGGAGGACUUGAGAGAGUCCCGGAACUCGGAGUCAAGCUGGGACACAGCGAGACCUGGGCUCUGGGCAUGACGUGGGGAAGGACCUGGGCUCUGAGGACAGGGAUGGGGUCACAUGGAGACAGGGGGAACACGGCGGGUACCCAGAGUGCCGGGGGUCCCAGGUUCGUGCGGGACCGUGUGGAGCGCUGUGGGGACCCCCAGGCCGUGGCCCUGAGCGUGGCCGAGCUGGGYGAGGCUCAGCCCAGCAGCCCCGACACCAAACGCCUCAGCGAGUGCCUGCGGCGCAUCGGUGAUGAGCUCGACAGCAACAUGGAGCUGCAGAGGAUGAUUGAGCAGGUGGGGUGUGAUGCCCCCAAAAAGCUGUUUUUCCGUGUGGCCAAGGAGAUGUUUUCUGAUGGCACCUUCAACUGGGGCCGCGUGGUCGCCCUGUUCUACUUUGCCUGCAAACUGGUGCUGAAGGCUCUCUGCACCAAGGUCCCGGAGCUGGUCCAGACCAUCCUGCGCUGGACCAUGGAGUAUCUGCAGGAGCACGUGCUGGCCUGGAUCCAGGCCCAGGGUGGAUGGGAAGGGCUGUUGUCCCACUUUGGAACCCCCACGUGGCAGACCAUCACCAUUUUUGCUGCUGGUGUCCUCACWGCGUCGCUGACCAUCUGGAAGAUGUCCUAGACUCUCGGGAGGGCCACAUUUUUGUCCCCUCCACCCCCACUCCUGGGMCCCCUCCCCGGAGUGGCCCUGCUGGCAGGGAUGGUGCUGACCCCCAGCAGCUUCCAGGGCCGAGGGGUUUUUUAACCAACAGGACUCGCUCACCUGAAUGUUGGGGUGGUGAUGGAGCUGGGGGGGGGGGCCCUCACCUCCUUCCCCCAGUCACCCCCACCCCUUUUCCAUGAGUGCCCAGAGGCCACUGGUAAAAGGGGUAAAAGGCUGGGAUUUGGGGGUGGGCACACUCCCCCUUACCCUCCCAUGCCUGCCAGUCCCAGUGCUGGGCCCCCCUGGCCUCAGUUUGA